AUGAGCGAGAAUUUAGGACUCAGUUCAAAAAUAAUGGAAUCUACUAAAAAGAAAUACGCAAGAUUCCGUUAUACUCAACAACAGUUAGAGGAGGCUCUUACCCGUAUAACAAAUAACGAUUUGUCUAUUAAUAAAGCCAGCAAAAUAUACGACAUACCCAAAUCAACGUUAAGUAAUAAAUUAAAUAAUAAAGUACCAUGGCAACGAAAAAUGGGUCCAUUAACACAACUAACUUUCGACGAAGAAAACAAGCUAGCAGACUGGAUUUUAACAAAAGCUAAACUUGGGUUUCCAAUGCACCCGGAAGAAGUUUAUGAUACUGUGGAAAUAUUCUUGAAACAAAAUGAGAGGGAGAAUAAAUUUACAAAAGGCCGACCGGGGAAAAAAUGGCUUACUUUGUUUUUGCGAAGACAUCCCGAAGUAACUAAAAGAAACGCUGAAAUAAUAUCAAAAGCUAGGGCAGCGGUUACAGAAGAGGCCAUCAGAAAUUGGUUUACUGAAUUGAACAAGUUUUUAGAGGAAGAAAAUGCCUUAGACAUUAAAGAUGACCCGACUCGUAUUUUCAAUUCAGAUGAAACUGGCGUCAUGACUUGUCUUAAAACGGGGCUGAUUUUGGGGCCCAAAAAUUAUAAAAAUACAUACGAAAUCGCAAGUGGGAAAGAAAAAGAAUCAAUCACAGUCCUAUGUACAUUCUCUGCUGAUGGUACUGAUGUACCACCGUUUGUUUUGUAUCCAUAUAAAAGAAUGCCACCAGCCGUAAUUCAAAAUUUCCCAGAUACUUGGUAUAUUGGCCGUUCCGACAGCGGGUGGAUGGUAUCAGUUGUAUUUUUUACCUACAUUAAGUUAUUUUAUGAAUGGUUGGUAAAAAAUGAAAUCCGGUUGCCUGUAUUGCUAUUUCUGGAUGGCCACAAGUCCCAUAUCAAUCGUGACAUGUUUGAUUUCUGUCGUGAAAAAGGAAUAAUGAUUUUCUGUUUAUAUCCCAACUCAACUCAUAUUUUGCAGCCCUGUGAUGUAGGAAUAUUUGGACCGUUGAAGAAAAAUUGGAAAAGGGUAGUGAGAAAGCAUAAACAGGCAUCCACUGUACCUAUAACAAAACAAAAUUUUGCUGCGUUGUUUAAAAUAGCUUACGACAGAAGCAUUAAGCCAACUACGAUAAAAAAUUCAUUUAGAGUUUGUGGUUUAUAUCCAAUGUCUCCAGAUGCAGUUGACUACUCACGCUGCAUAAGUAAUAGAAGGCAAGAAAUUGCGCAACAAAACCAAAAAGGCACCACAACCUCUAGUCUUCAUGACCAAAAAGAGGAUCUACGAAGUACGAUCAAGGUUAUAGAAGGUGAAGUUGGCCAGAUGAUAAGAAAUGAGUUUGUCAUGUCUUACAAUUUAAACCGUUCUCAUCCCCAUCAAUAUUUUGAGCUGUGGAAAAAAUGUAGAAAUCAACUUGAGAAUAAAAAACAGAGUGACACGAUAACACCGAAUACCCCGAUCAUUCCUCUUGAUCUGUCAGUAUCAUCUAUAGAAGCGUCUACUUCAAACGAGGACGAUUCCAAACUGGAAUCAAGCCAGGCACUGGAAAGGAAUAGUGUUCCCGAAAUCGUCGAGUCUGAAAUUACAAAUGUGGAAACUGAAGAAAUGCAUGCAACUAAUAGUUCAAUUAUAAUAGAUUCGGCAAUCCGACUGCCAUCGGAUAAUUCCAUAUUAUUGGGUGAGACUAGUAUUUUACCCAAUUUACCACCCUUUGAUACAACUGAAGAUGUCAUAGAUUUUAUUAUUCAGAAUGAAAUAGACAUACCUGAUGUGAUACCAUUGCCAUGGUAUGAUACUUUAGAAAUAAUAGUAGAAAAAGACCCCAUUAUUGACGCUCCUAAUAAAUGCUCUUCUCCUCAGAAUAACGCAUCAUCCAUACCAGCCAUUCCCAGUUGCAGCAAUAACACUAAUCAAGCAAAAAAUUCGCUUGAGUCCACAGUUGAUAGUCAGACUGCAAUAAAGUCUGUAAUAGAUCCCACUAAUAGUAUUAAUUCAUCGAAUGAUACAAAUCCAUCCAAUCCACUAGAAGGAUUUUUGAAAAUACCGGAUUUACCACAAAAGAAAUUUAAAGACGAUGAGAAAAAAAUUAAGGAGGAAGAAUUAGCGAAUAAAAGAAAGGAACGAGAAGAAAAAAGACUGAACAAACAAAAAUCUCAAAGCAAAAAACGUGUUCAACUGAAACGCCCAAAAAAUCCCCUUAAAAAGCAAGCUAAGAAAAUGAAAGUAGAACAUGAUGAUCACACACAACCUGCCGAAGAUUUUAUAACAACAGAUAAUUUAGAAGCAAGUGAAGAGACUGAAAUAGAAACUAGGAGAACUACUACGACUUGUACUGAAUUUAAGGACAAUUUAUUUGAUAGAUAUGUACUGGUUCAAUUUGAGAGUGGAAAGAGAAUGCGUCAUUUUGUAGGAAAAGUGAUAAUGGUAAAUGACAAUGAAAGAAAAUAUAAAGUAGAUUUUCUUAGAAAAAAAUCCGUUGUGGAAAAUGUUGUCAAUUUUGCAAAACCAAUAGUGCCAGAUAUUGCAGAAGUUGAUUUCGAUGAUAUUAAACGUGUAUUCGGUACACCGAAUAUUUCUAGGCGCGGAUUAAUUUGUUUUGACGAUUUAGUAUUUAAAGAUAUUGAAUAA